AUGGCAGAAGCAACUUUAGGACUGCAGACUCAGCCUACUCCCAUCCUAAUUUUUAAGGGUGAAGGCUAUGAGUAUUGGUGUAUCCGCAUGAAAACGAUUCUCCGUUCUAGAGACCUAUGGGAGACUGUUGAAACCGGGAUUAGUGAAAGUGGCUCGGACCAGAAUCAAGUGAAGGCUAUGAAAAAGAAAGAUGCGCUAGCUAUGGCUAUAAUACAACAAGUUGUUCAUGAUCAGCUUUUUUCUCGGAUUGCUGCAGCAACCACCGCUAAAGAAACCUGGGAUAUUCUCAGGCUUGAAUACCAAGGCGAUGGACAAGUGAAGGCUGUCAAGUUGCAGGGGUUGCGCCAAGACUUUGAAAAACUUAUAAUGAGAGAAGAAGAAAAAGUGGAAGUCUAUUUCUCACGCGUGAUGGCCAUUGUAAGUCAGAAAAGAUCAUAUGGAGAAGAAGUGACUGAUCAGUCUAUUGUUGAGAAAAUACUUAGAAGCCUUUCACCUCGGUAUGAUUACAUUACGUCUUCCAUGGAGGCGUUUCAAGCAUUUAGUGAGCCAAGGAGAGGUUCGUUCAGAUCACUGGCAAGAGGAAGGGGUCGUGGUGCUGUGCGAGGUAGAGGGCGAGGAUGUGGUCGAGGGCUGCAAUGUCAUGAAUGUGGCAAGUUUGGUCACCUCAAACGUGACUGUUGGUACAAUGAAGAAGCACAUGCUAAUGUUGCUGCAGACCCAAUAACAAGUGAAGAAAAGAAGGAUGAUCAACAUUUGCUGCUCACUACUAAUCAGGAAGCACUAACAAAUGAUGCGUUUCUUCUCAUGGCUCACCAAGAAGAUUACUCAAACUCGUUGUGGUUUAUCGACUAA